AAAGAUAACAGUGACGUGUUUCAACCAAAAUUACGUCAUCCUGAUAAAUAUUAAGCUUUGUCAUGCGAGUGUAAGUUAGCACAUAAAUUUUGCCCAUUGAAAGAGAAUCACUAAAUGAUGUCUCAUCAUAGUGCGUGCGUCCUGGAUAAUAUUGAAGUUCUUACGUUACGUAAGGUGUAGCCGUCAUAAUGGGUUAUCUAGCCGAUGAUGCAUUAAAAAUAACACGUGGAUAUUAUUCCCACCUUAUCAUGAACUCACAUUUGUUUAUACAUAAACUCGCCAUCGGGGGUAAAAGCAUGAAGUCUCAUGCACAUGUAUAUUCGAUAUAAAAUCCAGACAAAUUUAUUGGACCCUUCUUUAGUGUUUUGGGUGAUCUGCGAAGUAGCAAAGUAAGAAGUGCAGUGCAAAAGUUUCGUAAUCUGUGACUAUUUAAUUGUUGACAAGACUGAACAACAGCCGACUAUUUUAUUGCAUAACUUAUUUUUCCUGCUACUCAUUAGUAGUCGAAUUAUGCAUAAUCAGGACUAGUUGGCGUCUGAUAAAUACUAAUUUUAGAAUUGAACCAAAUUCAGGAUCGCAAGAAAAAAGUUGGAUGCCAGGAGGAAACAGAAACUAAUCCUAAGGACGAGAAUAUUUAAUAGAAAUAUUCAAAAGGCCAUUGUCAUACCCAACCCACCACAUUUUCUAUGCAAACCUUAAAAAAGCAAGAGGAAGGGCUUCGGUUUUACACACACCGUAAAAUAAACACCUUAAUGGGAAGAAUCAUUAUCAACACCUAACACUCUCUCCAAUUUGAGAAACACAGCUCACGGUAGUGCUUUAUUAGUUGCACAAAUUAUUGUCAUCAGCUCACAUAUCGUUCAGCAGUCCUAUUUUGAUACAAUCGAUUUGAUAAAAUCUUCAAUAAUAUCAAAUCAACCCCUUAACAUCAACUUUUUGCAACCUGUCCAACCAAGUGAGUUUGGAGAAGUGUAUAAUUAAUAGUUAUUUACCUGCUGAAUCAGUGACUUCGGAGGAAGAAGAGGGGUUAAUUGGCAAUUAGCUGGAUGAACCGUCCACAACAAAUGAGAUAAUAACGUAUUUUGUAGGAUUUUCUCAUAUUCCACGAAGGCUAUUUUGGCCAGUCCAGUUCAGUCGACGUAUUCCAACAAAAAUUCUAUCCUUCAACCAGAGCAUAUAUAAAGGACCUGCGAAAAAGUACAUGCACAGUUUGUUGAGAGAGAGAGGGGAAAGAAACCUAACAAAUUUCUAAUACAAUUUCUUACUGUAAACAUUUCUGAAUAGUCAUACUGAAUUGUGUACUAAAUAAAGAUCGAGGCCAUAAGACUAUGCCACACAGGAAGAGGUUGAAGGUAAAUCGGCAUUCUGUGUCACUCGAAUGUUUGAUGAGACAACUUUUUCUGUUGGCGCUGCUGAUUGCGGUGACACGGACUUCAUCAUUGGAUGGCAGUGAUCAUCAUGGAGGAAAAGUUGCUGGUGAGCAACAAGAAGAGAGAAAGUGGUAUCAGAAAGCAGUGUCUGACGCUGGAGUGAAAAUGGGGCAAAUUGAUUUGGAUGACUUGGACGAUCUGCCUCUCAAAGGAUUGAGUGACACACAAGCUUUGGGACUACUUUUUCAAAGAUACAAAGCUCGAAUGAUGCACCAAGCAGAGCCGCUGGAUUUUGGUACGGAAGAUUUUUCAGAGCGAGAAAUUGCAGAAAUUUGUGGGAAUAGUGCUUCUAUGGAAUGUGGAAAGAAGGUGUUGAAGCACACGCCAGUUUCCUCCAAUUCUGCUAAAGAAAAUGUAACCACAAACACUGAUGUGCAGGACCAGAUGACAGUCUAUCACCGAUGUGUUUUACGCAAGGAAUUUCUCGAUUGCAUCGACAUUGAAAGAACCACAUGUCGACAUUUUGUGGACAAAGGUAUUUACCCCAGACUUCCGCCCAAAUCUAUUAUUAGGACUACGCAGUCCAAGAUUUGGAGAACUCUUUGGACUUCUGGAGGAUGCACUCUAAUCAACUAAUGCACAGGAAGAAGUUGCAUGUAUCUCACAGAGAUUGCGUCUUGCCAGCACUUUCUCCACUUUAAUUCUAAGUCUUUGUUGAAUUAGUUUGGAAAGUACAAUAGAAACAGACACGAAAUACUCUGGCAAGAAGUAAACAAAAUAUUAACCUUAUUCUAAAUACUUUCAGCUAACUUAUUUUCAAUUAUCAUCAAUUUCGAACUAUUUAAACAUGUUCAACUAUAAUAUGUGCCAAGUCAAUUGGUUGAGUUUAAAGCGAGUUGCCGUGUCUCGGGCAGAUGAAGAGACAUGAUGAUGCCCUGCUCGGAAUACAAAUUAAGCUAAUGCUAACCAGUUGUCAACAUUUCCUCAAUUGCUGCAAGGCAAAUUCAGCACAUGUUGACACAAGGCAUACAUAUACGUAACAUCACAACUUUUGACAAACAGCUUCCGUUGUGCGAAUUUCUUGUCCUCUAUGACACUUAAAAUUAAAAACUAAUUUUUUAGAAAGCCUAUUCUAAACCAUUCCUAUUUAUUGCACACACCACUUGCUCAUGGCUUGAAUGGUUAUUCUGAACAUUAGAGAUCAAGUGAAUACUUACAUGCAUAUAACACUGGAAUGUUUACUAGUUUCUUAUGCGUUGCUAGCUACUGCAUAUGUAUUUUCAUCCGAAAUCAUGUCGUACACCAAUUUCUUGCCUAAGUGACACAGCAGAGGAAUUCAAGUCACGGAAUGCAAUAUAUUAUGUCCCGCUUGAUCCCAUCCUUCCACUCCUUCGCAUCCUCUAAGCGCUAAGGAUAAGCUUUCACCUUUGGAGACGGUUUCUUGGUGGAGGAGCGCAAUGCAAUGUGAUGGCGGUAUCAUGUUGCCAAUUACGGAAAGUACAAGUGAGCCCUCGAUUACAAUUUCUUUGACACCUGUCACAAUGGAUUUGUCAUUCGCUGAGAAAUUAAAUCCUAUUUGUUUGGAACUCUCAUGAAAUGGAACAACCCAAACUUUACCUAAAUGGGCAGCAUCAGCAAACGUCCUAUAUCAACGAUUUUCCACCAUUUGUGUAUUUAAUUAAAUAAAUCGAAUGUUAAGUAAUAGCGCCGUAGGUACGUACAGACAACACGAGCCACUGAAGUGAGGUGAAGUUCAUCGAUGCUAAUGCCAACUGGCCGAUCAAUGGGGGAUUUCAAAAACGGGGUAAAUCAUGCACGUGUAGAAAUACACGAGUACAAUACAUACAACAAUUAGGUCUACGCUUCCAGUCACAGGAUAUUUACUGUAAACCGAAAUCUGUACAGGCUUAUAUAUACACCAUUUCGGCCAAAAAUUUGAGAAUGAUACACUAAUUUUAAGUUCUUACAUAGUUAAUAUUUAGUAAGAAAAAGAUUGUGAUAUCCUAUACUUUAAGCAAUGACAGAACAACUUUAUUUUAUUGAGUGGUUCCCAUAUUGGGAAAUCCUUUAAACGCGUAUUUCCCAAUAAGUGCAGAUAAAUUGCUGUGCUGGUCUCAACCUUUUAUAACCUUUUAUAAGGUAAGACUUUCUCAAUGGCACCGCUUGCAUAACACGAUUCUAAAAAUCUACAACACUGUUUGGUAUAGCCCGAAACAGGAGAGGAAUUAUACAUCCAAGAUUUCGUAAUUAUAGAUGAUAGCUAAAUACUCAAUAUUUUAAUGUCAACUUUCGAAAGACGACUAAAUCUACCCGAUCUAGACUCUGACUCGUUAUUUUAGAAAACUUGUCUCAAGGAAAAGUCAGAUACGUUCCCAGAACUAUUCAUUGACCACGCAAAUUAAUCAGUAUCACAAAGUCUGAUAUUUCUGACAAUGGGGUUCACAAUUUUCACAAUUAUCAAAAACGGUAUCGAGUUAUUUCUAGUCUAUCAUUUUUACAUGUAACGCCAUAGAAAUGUCUGCCAAUUAUUUUACACUUAAAAUUAUCUGUGUACAUUUACGUCGUAAUUUAACAUCAACUUUCCAUAUAUUUAACAGUUUAGAAACUUAUAUGUAUGUACAUCUUUAUUAAGUGCCCAUUCUUGGCAAAGUUUCGAAGGUUUUAUGUAAAUGUAUAAAGGUAUACGUCGAAUUUGGUCUAAAUGAGCUUAAACCGAAUGUUGCAUACAAUAAAAUUUUUUUAUGGUCAGAAACUAUCAGAAACUAUCUUCUGUGGCUGCCUUAAAUUCGGCUACAUGCCCGGAAGAUGGCGUACAAUGAGGGUGGUCUUCAUCCCAAAACCGGGGAAGGACAGUUAUGAAAGGGCUUCCUCAUGGAGGCCCAUCUCACUGACUUCCUUUAUACUUAAAACACUUGAAAAGUUGAUUGAUGACCAUAUUAGGUCCUCCGCUCUGGUAGAGAGGCUUAAAAGGGGUCAUCAGUUUGCGUAUAUGAGUGGUCUUUCUACAGAGGAUGCACUGCACAACGUCGUGGCUCGUAUUGAAAGGUCCCUUAAAUCCAGUGAGAGCACUUUGGGUGUGUUUCUGGAUGUCAAGGGGGCUUUUAACGAGGCCCCGUUUGAUGUUUUGCUUUCUGGUCUAAAGCGGCAUAAUAUCCAUCCAUUAUGCUGCAACUUUAUUUCCCAUAUGCUUACAUCUCGGUCGGUGGAAUUUGUCACUUACGGUCAAACCUUCUCGAGGAGGGUGAAGAAGGGCUGCCCUCAAGGUGGGGUCCUCUCGCCUCUCCUUUGGAAUCUGGCCGUUGACGAAUUGUUAACCGAACUUAUGGGGAAGUUUCCUGGUAUCUACACUCAGGGCUAUGCUGAUGACGUGGCGCUGCUCUCUUCUGGGUUUGAUCUAAGCAUUGUUCGUGAUUUGGCACAGCAGGCUCUGUCUUUUGCAGGUCGCUGGAGUCGCGGAGUGGGCUUGUCACUCAAUGACAAGUCCUCGGUGGUCCUUUUUACGAACAAGCGCAAAUUCAGACUGAAACCUCUCACCUUGGAGGGGAAAAAACUAGAAUACAGUGGCUCCUGUACCUAUCUGGGGGUCACUUUGGAUUCAAAACUGAACUGGAGACUGCAUUGCGAUACGAAGGCGCGGAAAGCCACCGUGUCUCUAAUGCAAUGCAGACGGGCUAUGGGCCUUACCUGGGGUCUUGGUCCAAAAGGUAGUCUCUGGAUUUACAAGGCGGUAGUUCGGCCGGCCAUGGAGUAUGCUGCGAUGGUCUGGCUGCCCGCGACCAAUAAAAAAUUCUGCGACCGGCUUCGGAGGGUACAGGGGCUUGCACUCCGCAUGGUCACUGGUGCUCUUCCGACUACUCCGACUGCGGCCUUAGAAACCCUACUUGGUGUCCUUCCAAUUCAGCUAAGACUUCAGGAAGUGGCUCUUCAAUCUUAUUUAAGAUUAAGGGUCCGUGGUCAAUGGUUGAACUGGGUUGGAUACGGUCGUGGUUUGAAGAAAAUCACUCACAUUGAGAUGUGCUCUAGCCUGGCUCAGAAUAUUCCUGAGUUGGGCUUUCCUUAUGACUAUAAAUCUGUUAAACCUCCCGAGGCUCGUAAUUUUAAAAUACGGGUCGCUAGUCGGGAGGAAUGGCUAGAUAUGUACGACAACUACUUGGAUCUACCUGGGCUCCUCUGUUUUACGGAUGGGUCUAGGGGUAAGGGGGGAUCCGGUGCAGCCUUCAUAAUUGGUGAAGGUGGUAACUUCAUGGAUGGGGCUAGUGGCGUUACACCUCUGGGUAAUUAUGCUACGGUCUUCCAGGCUGAACAGAUUGGGGUUCUUUCGGCGUGCAACUACAUGUCAGAAAAUCCAAGUCUACACAAGGAAGUGAAUAUCUUUGUUGACAAUCGCAGUGUCCUUGAUUCUCUUCUUAGUGAGCGGCUGGUUUCCUCCCUCACGGUUGAGCUUCAUAGGGCGCUGCAGCAAUUGAGCAUUCACAAAGACAUUACCUUACAUUGGAUCCCUUCCCAUUGGGGUUUAUGGGGUAAUGAAGACGUGGAUAAGCUGGCUAAAGAGGCUGCUAGUAUAACAACAUGCGGUCCAGAGCCAGUUAUCCCUGUCAACUCAGCAAUUGGAAAAUUUGCAAUAAAACAAUGGGCUCAGAAUGAUCAUCGGGUCUAUUGGUCCAACUUACUUAAUUGUAAGUUCUCAAAGUUGGCCCUGCCAAUACCUUACGAGGGUCUAAGUGGGAAAUCACUUGGGCCCACGAGGGAUGGUAUGAGGCUAACAACUUUUGCCAUCACAGGACACUGUAAUUUGAAUGGGCAUCUGUAUAAGAUGGGUCUAGUUGAAUCUCCCAUCUGCGAGGAGUGCGGGGAAGGGGACGAGACAAUGGCUCAUAUACUCACAGACUGUCCCGGUUACAGUGCCCUGAGAUUUAGGACCUUCCUUCGUUCUACCUUAAGGGUGGAGGAAGUAUGGGAGUAUCCUCUCAAAGACGUGCUGGCCUUUUUAAGGUCUGGCAGAUUCGCCAGCUUUGUAGCUGGGGAAUCGAGAGAGGCUCCGACACAAUAAUCGCAUGCGAGUGCAUUGAGGUGUCUGCAAUAGGUCCAACUGGUGACUUGCGCAGCUGGAUGUCUACCCCUAUGGGUAGGAAUCCUCCUCACAUAAUACAUACAUAAUCUUCCAGACAAAUGAGUUUGACUUCAAGGACCUCUUCAUCGGGGUCUUCCUUG